CCCAACGAUGAGCGUCGAAAAGGUCCCCUCUCGCGCCUCCUCUAAGGACGCCGACGCCAGCGCUGGCGUUGGUGCGUCUGAGAAACAGACCGUCUCUGUCUCUGACCAGCUGCAGCAGCAAGGAGUCGACGACAGGGGCAUUCCUCAGCUCACUUGCGUGCCAUCGAGAAGCUCAGCCGUCGACGAGGCUUAUCACGUCGCUGGAGAAGUCGCGCUCGAGUACAGCAAAGAAGAGGCAGACGCGGUCCGUCGCAAGAUUGAUCGGCGUGUCCCGAUCCUUCUCGCUCUCGUAUACUUUUCACAGUUCCUGGACAAGACGCUCCUGAACUAUGCCGCCGUGACCGGUCUGCCAAUCAAGGGCAAUCAGUACUCGAUCGUCGCCAGCGGGUUUUACUUUGGUUUCCUGGCAUGGGUCCUUCCGACCGCCUCGCUAGCCCAGCGUUUUCCCUGGGGAGGACCAACGGUGUACCUCGGCCUUAACGUCAUGGCCUGGGGCAUCGUGCUUGCCUGCGCAGCCAUCAAUCCGUCCUUUGCGCCCUUUUUCGCCCUCCGCUUUCUUCUAGGCAUGCUCGAGUCGUGCGUGACGCCCGUGCUCAUCUCCACCGUCGUGGCCUUUUACCGAACGGAGGAGCAAGCGCUCCGCAUUGCAUGCUUCUAUGCCUGCAAUGGUCUUACCCAGAUUGUCGGCCCGCUCAUUGCCUACGCCGUGACCUUUUACAAGGGCGCCGCCUUUGGCUACCAACCGUGGCGCUUGCUCUAUGUCGUCUUCGGUCUCUUCGCCUUUGUCCUGGGUGCCAUUGUCGUCAUCUGGCUGCCAGCGAGCCCAAGUCGUGCGAGAUUCCUCUCCGAACACGAGCGACGCGUUGCUCUCGAGAGGGUCCGUGACAACGCCGCCGGCACAACGCAGCGCAAGAUCAAGUUGCAUCAGCUCAAGGAGGCUGCCUUUGGCGAUAUUCGCAUUUGGGUCGUCUUUGUUUUUGUCGUCCUCACCUCGAUCCCAAAUGGCGGUCUCUCAAACUUUUCGAGCCAGAUCAUCAAGGGCUUUGGCUACAGCUCGCGAGAGACGCUGCUGAUUGGCAUUCCCCAGGGUGUGCUUGCCACCAUCUUUACGCUCCUUUGCGCCUGGCUCUCGGACCGGUACCGCGAACGCAUCCUGCCCGUCUUUGUGGCGCUCGUCCCCACCAUUGUCGGUGCAGCCAUCCUGGUGGGGCUCGGCAAGGGCGGCGAGCACGCCGAGGGCACGCGACGCAACACGCUCGUCUUUGCCGUCUACCUUACUUCGACCUUUGGCUCGAGCCUGUCAGUCGUCUUUGCAUGGAACGCGACAAAUGUUGCAGGCUACAGCAAGAAGAUUUCCUCGAGCGCUCUCAUGAUGUUCGGAUUCGGCGCCGGUAACAUUGCUGGCUCAUACAUCUUCCAGCAAAAGGACGCACCGGAUUACAUCCCAGGAAAGACUGUCGUCCUCGUCACACUCGCUGCAGCAGCGGGUACCGCGCUCGUGCUGAGGGCUCUCGUUGCGAAGGACAAUAGGCGCAAGAAGGCCUUGAUUGAGGAGUUCAAGAGAGAGAGGGGCUGGGAUGACGAGGAGGUUAAGAAGCAACGGGAUGCGAUUGCCUUUAGGGAUUUCACCGACAAAGAGAACCCCUUUUUUGUCUAUACCUCUUGAUCAGUGCUUCAUCAAUGUCUAUGUGUCCGUCCCGUGGCCGUGGAGGCUUAAAGAUUCUGCUGGCCGGUCGACUCGCAAAGAAUUCGUAGAUUCGCUGCGCUACCCUGUUCCCUCUUCCAUUGCCGU